AUGUCUUCCAGCCCCAAGGACUCCGGCGCGCCAGCGCUCUCCUCGGUUCCUACCCCGGCCACCCUCGAUGCUAAGCCCGCCGCGCCCGAGGCCCCCAAGGCCGUCGCCGCCAAGUCCGAGGCCAUGGCGCAAGUCCGCUCCUUUGUCGCCGGCGGUUUCGGAGGCAUCUGCGCCGUCGUCGUCGGACACCCCUUUGACCUCGUCAAGGUCCGCCUCCAGACCGCCGAGCGCGGCGUCUACUCCUCCGCCAUUGACGUCGUGAGGAAGAGCGUGGCCAAGGAGGGCUUGAGGAGGGGACUAUACGCCGGUGUGAGCGCGCCGCUCGUUGGUGUAACCCCCAUGUACCCUCGUCCGCAACUUCUCCCCCACCACGAACCCCAACACCCCCUCACCAUUGGCCAAAUCUCCGCCGCCGGCUUCUUCUCCGCCAUCCCCAUGACCCUCAUCACCGCCCCCUUUGAACGCGUCAAGGUCAUCCUCCAGGUCCAGGGCCAAAGACCCUCGCCCCCGGCGAGAAGCCCAAGGCGGCGCCCGCUCCGUCUUCCGCGGCAGCGUCGCCACCCUCGCCCGCGACGGGCCGGCUCCGCCGCCUACUUCGCCGCCUACGAGUACAUCAAGCGCAAGCUCACCCCCAAGGACCCCGUCACCGGCGCCCCUACCGGCAACCUCUCCCUCAUGGCCAUCACCUGCGCCGGUGCCGCCGCCGGUGUCGCCAUGUGGGUGCCCGUCUUCCCUAUCGACACCGUCAAGUCCCGCCUCCAGACCGCCGAGGGCAACGUCACCCUCGGCGGCGUCAUCCGCGAAGUCUACGGCAGGGGCGGCCUCAAGGCCUUCUUCCCCGGUUUCGGCCCCGCCCUCGCCAGGGCUGUCCCCGCCAACGCCGCUACCUUCCUCGGCGUCGAGCUCGCCCACCAGGCCAUGAACAAGAUGUUCAACUAA